UUACUGUGAGGGAGACACCACUCUAACUCUUCAGAUGGUUUAGUACAAUGCCACCAUGGGAUUGAAAACGUUAUGCAAUCAAUCACAUCUUAAAAAGCCAGUAAAAUACAUUACCAGGCAUUGUCAGCGAUGUUUGAGUGUGGCAUUUGCAGAGUCAAAGCAAGAAUCGAGCACCAACACUUCGCAGAAAAUAAAGCCAUUCAAAGACAUACCUGGACCAAAAGGCCUGCCUUUUCUCGGGACAAUCUUACACUAUAGAAAUGGUCCAUUUCAGAAAUUUACGGUAGACAGAUAUCAGGAUGCACUGAUUUCUCGCUACAAGGAAUAUGGACCCAUUGUCAAGGAAAAUAUAGCGGGUGUGACCUCGGUCCGUGUCUUUGACCCUGAUGACAUCAGAACAGUUUUCCUGAAUGAGGACAAACAGCCGCACGUGGCCCCACUACUAGACACAACAAAACAAUACAGGGAACAAAGGGAUCUCUCACCAGGACUUGGAAACACGAAUGGCGAGGAAUGGUACAGAUUGCGGAGUGCUGUACAGCAGAUGAUGAUGAGACCGAAGGCCGUCACUGUUUAUCUCCCUCUAGUGGAAGACGUGGUGGAGGAUUUUAUUCAACGAAUUAAAAAAAUUCGGAACAGUAAAGGGGAAAUAAAAAACUUCAGACAAGAAGCAGCAAAAUGGAACCUGGAAUCCUCUGGAAUGACCUGUUUUGAGACUCGCCUAGGUUGUUUAGAGGACACCCCCUCCUCACACAUACAGCGUAUGAUUUCCAGCAACAAUGCCAUAUUUGAACUGUCAACAAAGAUCAACUUCUCUGUACCUUUCCACAAAGUCCUCACAACAAAGCUAUGGCAGUCCCUCCUUGACGAGGAGGACUAUUUCUUUAGGAAUGGUCAGAAGUUGGUGGAUGACACGGUUGGGAGGAUUGACGGCCUGAGGGAGGAGGGGAGGCUGGGGGAGGGGAAGUAUAACUUCCUGUUGUAUCUCUUAUCCAGGAAGGAACUGUCAUUUAAAGAUGUCAGCAUAAUAACACUGUCACUGUUUGGAGAUGGACUAAACACAACUGUGCCAACAUUAAUAUUUGCCAUGUACUGCAUAGCCAAGAAUCCAGAGGUCCAACACAAAGCUUAUGAAGAAGUCCGAGAUGUUCUGAAGGAUGGAGAGCCUAUAACUGGAGAGCACAUCAACAGAAUGACUUACCUCAAAGCUUGUGUGAAGGAGUCACAAAGGAUCCUGCCUAUUGGACUUGAAAUAAAGAGGAUUCUGAAAAAGGAUUUAGUUCUUGGAGGUUAUCUAGUGCCUGCAGGUACAAUAGUUGAGUUGGCUCCCUAUGUACAUUACAAAUCAGCAGAGUACUUUGUGGAACCAGACCGAUUUUUACCGGAGCGUUGGUUGAGGGAUGGUUCAGCUCUGAACAUCCACCCCUAUCUUCUUACACCAUUUGGACAUGGUCCUAGGAUGUGUGCAGGGAGAAGAUUUGCAGAGCAGGAACUAUAUGUUCUUUUAUCCAAAAUGUUGAAGAAUUUUGAGUUGGGAUAUGAUGGCGACCUUGACAUGAAGUUUCAGGUUUUGAUGGUCCCUGAUAGACCAACAACCUUCACUUUCAAGGACAGGUCAUCCUGAUAUAGCCGAGACUGAUACACUUCAAAGAUGGGGCAUUUAGAUAACAGUCCAAAUGUUAUUAUUUUAAUAAAAUUCUGCCAAGUGCUUUCAUUUGUGUGGUGAAAAUGAGCAUAUCACAACCUGUAUUCCUGUAAAAGACUAUUAAAAAAGUGUUCAUAAAUAAAUAAAUGCAUUGGAAAUUAGUUGUCAGUUUGUAUGCAUUCCUCACUUGUAUUUAAUAUUGCAUUUUAUAACCAUGUGGCAAUUUUUUGAGAGCAUUAAACACAGAAGCUGUUUAUUUUGGAAUUAUCUUGUUCUCCAGUGUGUAUACAUGUUCAUGUACAGCUGUAUAUAACUCCAUUACCAAAAAGAAAGUCUUAGACAGUAAUUGUUAAUGUUUACAUUUCAUAAGAAAUAAUAAUUGUCCAAACAUUGAUUAAAUCUGAUCAUGCACAAAUAGUUGAGAAAAUAUAAUGUGAUACCAUAAUACAUGCAGCAGUUUAUUAAUUGAUGGUUUAUAUAUAAGAUGAACUAGACCUUACUGUCAUGUAAUGUGUUACAGUGUAUGAAUUGAUAAACAAGCUUGGCAAUGAUUAUUUAUGCAUAUAUUAUGAAAUCAUUGAUAUUC